GCUGAGCUGGGAUGGAGCAUGACUCACAUACCACGUGGGAAUUCAAUGGCUCCUUCUAUCAGCCUUCAGCUUUCCUCAUGAUGGGCAUCCCAGGCCUGGAAGCCCUUCACCACUGGAUCUCCAUCCCUUUCUGUGCACUGUACCUUAUUGCUCUCUUGGGAAACUGCAUGAUCCUAUUCAUCAUAAAGAAGACCCAAAGUCUUCAUGAACCAAUGUACUACUUCCUCUCCAUGCUGGCAGUCACUGACCUGGGCUUGGUUCUAUGUACACUGCCCACUACUCUGGGCGUUUUUUGGUUUAAUAUGCGAAGGAUUGGCUUUGAUGCUUGCCUCACUCAGAUGUAUUUCAUCCACAUACUGUCCUUCAUUGAAUCCUCUGUGCUCCUGGCAAUGGCAUUUGACCGCUUCAUUGCCAUCUCCCAUCCACUGAGACACUCAUCCAUACUGACCAAGACGACUGUCAUAAAAAUAGGUCUGGCAAUUAUAUUGAGAGGUAUGGUCUCCCUCCUUCCCAUACCCUUCUUGCUCAAGAGACUAACCUAUUGCGGGAAGACUGAGCUUUCUCAUUCUUUUUGCUUCCAUCCUGAUAUAAUGAAGCUAGCAUGUGCAGAUAUAAAAGUCAAUGUCUUCUACGGUAUGAUUAUUCUCUUAUCAACGGUGGGGAUGGACUUCAUCUUCAUUGUGCUGUCCUACAUCCUGAUCAUUAAAACUGUUAUCAGCCUUGCAAACAAGGAGGAGUGUCUCAAGGCUUUGAAUACAUGUGUCUCCCACAUCUGUGCUGUUCUCGUGUUCUUCAUCCCAAUGAUCGGACUGUCCAUGAUCCAUCGUUUUGGAAAGAAUGUUCCUCCUCUGGUUAACACUUUGGUGGCCUACACCUACCUUAUAAUUCCUCCUGCUCUCAACCCCAUUAUCUACAGCAUAAAAUCCAGCCAAAUCCGUGAGGCUUUGUUCAGGGCACUGCGAAGGAACUGUGAAUCUGACUGGUAGCUUUCUCCACCCAUUCUGCCAGAACAUGCUAGUGGGCUGGUUUCUUAGUGCUCCAUCCACGCAGGUCACUGCCAGAUGAAAGAACUUCAGAUCCACUCAGCUGUCCCUCAACCCAGAGCUGUGAUCUUCCAUGUUUCAUCCUAGCAUGAUGCUUUCAUCCCUUCCAGCAGCCUGCAAACUCCCCAAGCAUUAAUGCCAGCAAUAUAUACAGAUGGAAGCCCCAGUUAGAGGGAGACGAUUAAGGAAAAAUGGGCAGCAUGACUUUUCUCUUUUCAAGUCAUGUGAUGGGGUGGAUCAAGGAACCUGUGCAACUCAUGUUAUGCAAACUCUAGUCGCCAGAUAAUAGCGUGUAAGCUUCACUCAGACUCCCUUGAAAGGGAUCAUCGUUCCCUCACCGCGUGCUACAGCACAGCUAACUUGGGCAGCAAGCUCAGCAGGACAGGGCUUGGGCCAAGAGUUUGAAGCCACUCUGUAUAUCCCAGUCAUUAGUUGUCCAACUGGAAACAUCCCACAAGAUGGAGCUCAGCUCCAGAGGCUGAGCACAGAGGAUUUUCUGAAGAUUAAGUCCUGUUAAGUGGGCCCACAGCACUCUCAGUCCUUUUUAAAAAAAGGCUCAGCCUUCAUCUGCAUAUAUGUUUCUAAAGUGCCACACACAU